GUGCCCGGACCCGUCCGCGCCGCUCGGGGUGCCUCGUCGGUCUGCGGGUGACGCGGGAAGUGUGGGGUCUUGAAGGGUGGACAAUAGGGAACAUUUCGUACAGCGCCUUGUUGGAAGGGUCUCACAGGGAUCAAAGUCUCCAGCUCCUGUCCUUGCACAGGACACCCCAAGAUUCACCCCAUGUGCCUCAGAGUGUUGUCCAAACGCUUCUUGAACUUUCUUAGGCUUGAUGCUGUGAUCACUUCCCUGGGGAAGUUCAGUGCUCGACCACUCUCGGGGUGAAACUUUAUCCGAUAUCCAGUUCUGCAAACAUCCUCGCAGGUGUUUCUCCCCAAACUUUUCAGUGCUGGGAUUUAGGUGCUGAGCUCGGCAGGCCCGCAGGAGGCACGGUGCUCCCUGAGAAGCUCGGAGGAGCGCAAGCCCGGGAGGUCCGGGAGGAGAUGUCCUCAAGGUGACAGGUUGUGCUGUUGACGUGUGGGCCUGGGUGUGUGCUCACCGAACACUCCCCGGAGAGCGGGGCGGGAGGCGGCUGCAGCCUUAUCGGGAAGGAGAGAAGUGGCUGGAGGGGGAGCAUAUCUGUGUGGGAACAGAAUUUGGUCACAAUUCCGGCCAUAAGUUGGAAGUUUACUGUGGUGAAAUUGCAUAGUACUUCAGUAUGCUCGAUUGGUGUGCUGUAUUUCUCGCAGCGUGGUGAGAUCUCAACAGCCGUAAAUUUUGUUCUGGGCGGGGUUAAGCCCAAGCGCUGCUGCAGCUACCUGCAGGACAAAGCGCUGCUUUCUCUGUGAUGUUUCCCUUCAGGAGUUUGUAACGCAGCUCAUGUCAGACUGCUCCGUGUGUGAGUUUAGGUGGAUGUUCUGCAGUUCCCUUGCCCUCACACACCUCCAUAUGUAGAAGUCUUAAAAGGGCCUGACACAACUGGUUUGCUUGACAAACAACUCUGCAAAGAGGCAUUUUGGUGGAAGUCAAAUGCAGGGGGAUCAAGGGGAAGACUCUACAAGUGAAUGAGAACUUCUCUCUACAAAACUGAGGUGAAGAGCUUCACCAUGGGUCAACAGAUUUCAAACCACACGCAAACUGUAAUAAACAAGUUGCCAGAAAAAGUAGCAAAGCAUGCCUCUUUGGUUCAAGAAAGUGGUUUUCUAACCUAUGAAGAGUUUCUGGGAAGAGUAGCUGAACUCAAUGAUAUUACUGCAAAAUUGGCUUCUGGACAAGACAAACAUCUGUUAUUUGAAGUGCAGCCUGGGUCUGAUUCUUCUGCUUUCUGGAAGGUGAUCGUUAGGAUAAUAUGCACCAAAAUAAAUAAAACAAGUGGCAUCGUGGAAGCUUCCAGAAUCUUGAACUUAUAUCAGUUCACUCAACUUUAUAAAGACAUCACCAGUCAAGCAGCAGGAGUUCUUGCACAGAGUGAUACUUCUGAAGAAGCUGCUGAGAGUUGGAGGUCUCUGUCUUCGUGUCAGGCCAGCUUGUGGAUGGGAAGGGUUAAACAGCUGACAGAUGAAGAGGAAUGUUGCAUCUGCAUGGAUGGGCGUGCUGAUCUAAUCCUACCGUGUGCUCACAGUUUCUGCCAGAAAUGCAUUGAUAAAUGGAGCGACCGCCACAGAAACUGUCCCGUGUGCCGCCGGCAGGUGACUGGGGCAGGAGAUUCCUGGGUGGUGUCAGAGGCCCCUACAGAAGAUGACAUUGCCACUUACAUCCUUAACAUGGUGGAUGAGGCUGGGCAGCCCCACAGACCCUGACCCUGCUCACCAGGCUGAUCAUGGCAGAACCACUUGAAGCUUUUGUUUUCCUCAGCGUCUGGUUUUGGCCCUCCUUGCCGCUCUUCCACAGUCUGUCCUUUCCUUCUCCUCUUGGUUGCUGUGAGUGUGCGCUGCUCUCCUAAAGCACAGGGUCUCUGAGCAAGUCUCUGUGUGUGCAGUGCUCGUGAUUGAACUUUUCUUUCAGCAACUUUUUGAUCGUUAACACGGUUUACUUUUGCAACAACGUUUGAUUUUAAUUAACAGUUCAACUACUCGAUGAAGCAACUUGUAACAGCACAACUACAGCUGCAAACUGCUGUUUGAGCAUCACAGUGUACUGCUACAGAGAUAAACCGUGGCAGAUGGCUUGACCUCACAGUUCCUACCCUUAAAAGCAGUCCCUUAUUCACAACUAAUGUGAAUAAAGAUGAUGAGUUAGCACUAGUGGUUAUUAAUUUGAAAUUUUACUGUUGAAACUUGAAGAUGUCCCACUGCCUGUUCUUCAGUAGGAAGUUAUUGCUGCUCUUAGUGUUUACAGAUACUUAAUCUGAUCUGUUAUGACUUUUAGUAUUAAUUAUUUUAAAACUGUUUUUGAGAGUGUAGGCAGGUCUGUAAAUGUACUUGUGCACUUCCCCUUAUUCUUCUAACAAGACUUAUCUCUUUGAAUAUUUUUUAAAUAUGAUAUUUAGCAUAGUCUUAUUAGCUUGGAAAUAUUAAACAGUUUUGUACACAAUCCUAAAAGCAGUAAAUCAGCUUCAGUAGUUUUUGAUAAAUAACAGUUAAAAUUAUUUCUAAACAUUGGGCAUAUCUGAAGAGAAUUUGAAUUAGCACUUAAGGUGUAGUUUAGUCCGAUGCUGUGGCUUUAUCUGCUCCUCUUGAGUUUUUGAAGUGAUGAGAUCAGAGUUAAAAGGUAUAUGAAGAGUUACAAGUGAUAAUCUAAGCAAGGGUGCUCUACUUAAUAUCUACAAGUGCAAUAUGCUUUUAUGUAGUAGGGGGAAACUUCUUUAACAAUAAUGUGGCUUGGAUUGAGAUGCACAUGUGACAGCUUGGAAAAGGGAUGUCUCAACUGGAGUGCAACUGUGUUUUGUGUCUAGCAGAAUAAAGUCUUUAAGAGCCGAGUUUAGACAGUCUAAAUUUGUUAGUAUUCAGAAAACCCAUCUUAAGCCUCUUGUGCAUAAAUAGUGUUAUGGAAAUGAAUGGCUACUGUAGAGAAUUAAUUAUAUAUAUAUAUAUGUAUAUUAACAAAUACUACUUUUUCUCACUCAGUAACCUCAAGUUAAGAUAUUCAAGUGUAGCAUUUGAGGGAAUAACAGCAUAAAUCUUGCUUACUGUGAGACUGCAUUUUUCCUUACCAUACCUGUUAAAAUUCCAUGAUGCCAUAAGGCUUAAGUCCUUUUGUCACAGUCAGGUUCUGAACUAAAAGGCACGUGCACAUGCAGAUAUGCACAUUUAGGUUAUUUUUCUUAAUUGGCUACAAAAUAACUUAAUUACAUAAAUUUGUUAAAGAAUGUGCACAGAGUGUGGCACCUGUUUGAGCUUGGCUGGUGACACCAUUGUCAAAUUUAUCAUAGGUUACAAGACAGAGAAGCGACAUACCCUUCAUGAGUCUGUCAUCUGAGAGCCAGUAUGGCUUAGUGUGUAAAUCUGUAUUUACCUAUGGAAAAAUCCUUUUAGGAGUGUAUAUAGCUGAGAGCUCUUUUUUUCUUUUUUCUUUUUUUUUUCUCCCUUUCUUAAGCCAUUGAUAGCAAUGAGAUAUUCUUCAGUAAAUGUAUGGAGUGUUUGGUUGCAUAAAGGCGGUUGUUGUUUGGGCUGGAAAUCUUUACUGGCCCAGGAUUUCCCACCAAAAUAUGUGUAGAUAUUCCUAAUCACACACCAGUUUGGUUUCUUUUUGCUUCUUGAGCUUGCAUUAGUCCAUGUUCAGAACUUUCAGAUAAUCUUUGAAUUUUUUAAACUUUUUGUAUCACUGGAACAGAAAGAGCAACUAAAUGAAAGACUCAAGCUAACUUUAUUUUUCAAGUACUUCAAGAAUUAUACUUCUGAACUGAGAUUUUAUAAAUUGACUUUCUGCUGAGAACUUACAUGAACUUCUUAAAAUGUAAUUUUAUAAUGAUGCAAACAAGUUGUUAAUUGCAGCAUAAUGACAAUUACAGUAUAAACUAAUGCAAAAAUUAUUUAAAUAGUGAAAAAGUAAACUUUAUAUUCUGUACAGCUUUUUUAAAUUAAGUUGCUGUAAUUCACACUGCUGUGAUGUAGAUACUGUAAUGUGUGCCUUGUAAAAUAUAUGUACUGUAUGUUAUAUGGAGAAAUAGAUUCUUUAAUACUGAAAACCUAGUAAUUUGGUACUGAUUGGUAUUACUUAGUCUGAAGUGCAACAUUUAGCAAACAAUUUUGGAAAAGGAAUCCAUUGGCAUGGACAUGGCAAUGAGUUCCAGAAGCUAGACCUUGAAAAUGUGAAUUACUGCAAAUACCUGUUGGUGGGGGGCAUUAGAAUAAAUUAACUUUCUUGUGUUAAGCGAACAUUUCUUACAGGUUUAAUGUGAAAUUGUAACUUAAACAUUAGAGAUGGUAUUAAUAGCUAAGAACAUUCCACUAUAUUAAACUUUGUGUAUGAAUUGUGCAAUAAAGUUACUUUGGAAGAAA